GGUUUAACGUCACGGUACGAUUGCUUUCAUGCAAAUUCUCAUACAUUCAAAUUAAAAGAACUAGAAUUCACGCUUAAACUUGACAACAACUCAAGACUUUGGUGAAGAGUCUCCUUUGAGAGUGAUGGAAUUCUAGAUUGAACUUUGUAGCUCGUUUUUCUAGGGUGGUUGACAACGAAUGGAUUGUAUUAUCAAAAUGGAAUUUGGUGGUUCAUCCAUUUAACCUACGUCAUUGGUAUUGUUUGGCUUCUAAUCAAUUUUAAUGUAUUGUUUACCAAGAGAAAAGGGGGAAAACUUGUGAGAAAAAUUGGAAAAGAUUAUUAUACCUCUGAAACUAUCAAGAGCUUGGUUCUUUCUUGGGAGAGUAAAUUGACGAAAGUGACUUGGCAACUGUUGGGAAUACGAAAAAGUUAGGAAGAAGAUGGCGAUCUUUCGAAUGAGACAGUGAAGUCUAAACCAUUGUGGUGUUAUACUUCGUCAAGAUUUUGUGAUCGUAGAUUAUCGUUUGGAUUGGAUCGGCGUAACACAGACAAACCAAAUAGGAAAAUAUGGACAAUCUUUCAUUUUUCGUGACCAUCAUAGUUUUAGCGCUAGCCUUCUUAGUAACGACACCAGCAAGAGGUAAGCCAUGGAGACGUACUUAGAUUUUUAACCUUAUAAUCUAUAUGGCGAUCGUAAUGUUCUUAUAAAAUGGUUUUUACCCCCGCUGCUAAAUAUAGAGGGUGAUGGUUUCGUCCCAAAUCGCGGGAAUUCGACGAAUAUAUCUUUAAACACUUUCAUUCAAGCAAAUGUAACAUUAUUUACUGAUUUUCCAGUGUUGGUCUGACAGGUUUAAGGUCUGAUACAUUUAAAAGCAGUGAAAUUAAUUGCACACAAGUCCGAUAAAUUUUCGCUGCAGGUCACCAUUUCGGGGCAUAUAUCUCUCUAUACGUUAGGCCUCGGAAAUUUAUGUUACUGAAGUUGUACUUAAGUGAAAUGUGUUGGUGUGAAAGUUUAAUGACCUUGAAACUUAAGAUUUUUCUUUUGCUUUCAUCAACAGGAAAUGACUCAUUCUUUGGUCUUUAUAGAAGUAAGUGAAUGAGAUUAUAUAAAGUGUUUAACAUAAAAGACGAUAAUUGUCAAUUCGAUAAGUAAAACUGGUUCAUUUCCUUUUCAUGUAAGCUACACGUUCUGGUCCUCCUCUCGCCAUAAAUCAAAACCCCGUAUGUAGAAAAGCCCAGCUUCUGCACAGCGACGUGGUACAAAAUGCUACCCUGGAAGGUCAGCUGCACGCUGGGAAUUUCACGUUUCUCGGUGCAGUCAAAGACAUGGAAGAAUGUAUGUCGUUAUGUUGCGCCAGUAAACGUUGUCAACUGGCAUAUAUGGAUAAUGCCAAAUGUUAUGGCGUCAAGUGCUACAGCGAAGAAUUGUGCAAGAUAACAACUGGUAUCUCAACAAAUGACGUCAAGAUAUCUCUUAUGGUCAGAAACGAUAUAAAUAGAAAAGGUAAGAAUUUCAUUUGUCGUGAUUAUUAGGAAAGAAAAAUGAAAAAAAAUGAAAAUAAAAUUAAUAUACAAUUUGUACGUUCAAGAAGUGACUAGCAUCUAAUUUGUCUUUUCAAUAUCAGUACUGAAUCAAAUAUUCAGGUUAUAAGAAUUAAGGAAGUGAAUAAAUUCUCCUGUAUCGAUUUUCUAGGAAAUGAAUAGAUUAGAGUAUAGAGAAUAUACAUUCUGAUGUUAGUUGUGAAGGCUUAAACGUUGACAUACUGUGCAGCAAACAAAUAACGUUGAGAAAAAACUUUCAUCUAAAGAAUAUUGUUUGAUUUGACACCAAACUCUCGUUAGCAACAUUAGGCAAAUGAACUAUAACCAGAACGGAGAAUUGAGUCUUUGAUAUUUGGGGGUAGAAAAAUGCUAUAUGUACCACUAAAGGAUAUCCUUUCUGUUACAUACUGAGUCCUCACUGAUUCCUAUCAACUUUUUUUUUUAUCUACAGCUUACGUUACAGCAUACAUUGUCGUGGUAGUUGUAGCGUUUGGAGCCGCCGUUUCUGGUACAGUUUGGGCCGUCUUUAUUUUUGUCAGAAGGUAAUUUCGGCUAGUAUGUAAUAUUUUUUUCUUUUUUUUUUUUGUACUUUAGAAGUCACCUAAUAGAGUUUCGCUUCACUCUUGCAAUUCUUAAAAGUUUGUUAGAAAUAAACUUUGAAGCAACAGGAAAUAUAUGUUCAUGCUAGGAUUAAGGAGCAAGGAGAAAUAAGGAUGUAAAUUCACGUCAAAUACUCUGAUGUCUCCCCCACAAGAUGUAAAGUUCCUCGUUAACUAUACAACUGUGCGCCAAUAUUUUUUAGGGACCGGUCAUCAUUUAUCACUACGGGUGGGGUAGGUUGAAGGUUUUUAAAUACCCACAAUAAAAUUUAUCCGAUCCCCUUUUAGGCUCUUUAAUAUUCUUAUGUUCCCCCUUGUUUCAGUCAAUUUUCUAGUCCCUCUUUGUACACCGUAAGCGACAAUUUAAUCCCCAGCUGCUCCCCCUGAAAACCGUGUAAUCCUCUUAAAAUUCUCCAACAACCCCUCCCAACUCCCUCCCCUCCCCAGGCGAAGAAUGCUAACCGGUCUUUACUUCAUUACGGUCUGACAUCAGAUAUCGAGAGACUGGUGGAACAAAAUCAAAAGAGGAUGAGGGCGAAGAAGGAGACAUGAAUGCCGAGCCUAAAGUGAGUGUUCUUUAA